AUGGGCAUCAAGAUCCGCAACGACACGCACCACGACAUCUUUGUCGUUGUCUUUACGUACGUGCCCAUGCCGCACCCGGCCCUCGUGUACCGCUCGACGCUGCUCAUCCCGUCCGGCGAGCGCUUCAACUGCCCGACGUGGCAGAGCGCCGUCAAGAUCAUGGCAUGGCAAGUUCCCGUGGAUGACAGCGCGAUUGCGAGCGAAAUGCGCGAGAACCUCUCGGAUCAAAUGGCGGCA